AUGUCGAAAUAUCGCCGGAACGCCGUCGUAAUCGACUUCAACGUCAUGCCGGUGAGACCGGACAUCGAGACCGUUACGAAGUUUAUCUCUAAGGACCUCAAACUGGACCAACAACGAGUAAAAAACCUUCAACUCAACAAUUCCCGCAACCAUGUCAUCAUCGAGCUAGGAUCGCCGGAGGAAGCUUCGGACCUAGUCGACCAGCACAACCUCAAACACAAGGACAACGCGACUCAAGUUCGCAUCCAUGACUUGCCGCCACAUAUGCCUAACGAUUUAAUCGUCUCCCAUCUCGAGGCCUACGGAGAAGUCAAGUCCAUUCGGAGAGAGGUCUGGCGGGAGUACUUCCCAGGGAUCCCGAAUGGAGUUCGAGUUGUCCGGAUGGUUUUGAAGAAGCCGAUUCCGUCCUUCAUUAAGGUGGAGACGGAAAUAAGCUACACGAGCUACAACCAACAAUAUCAGCAGCAAAAACAUCACAACCAACAGAAACAGCAACAACAACAACAACAACAUUAA